UGUUUUCUUUUCAAGUUGCUUUUUGAAAUUUAAAUUGUUUUUAAAUCAGUGAAAACCAAUUGGAAAUCAUGUUUCAAUUAGUUGAAUUACGAGAUACAAUUAGGAUACCUGCGAGUUUUUUUAACAUCCCCGUUGAUCAGGCGAUCGCUGAUCAACUUAAUCGUAAAAUGGCCAACAGGGUAAUCAUUGAUGUCGGUCUUGGGAUCACUUUGUAUGAUAUUCUUGAUAUAAAUGAAUCUUUUAUUUACCAAGGAGAUUCGGGUACACAUACUAAAGUUCACUUCCGAUUCCUUGUGUUCCGGCCUUUUGUUGGUGAAGUUCUUGUUGGUAAAUUGAGAAGUUGCUCUCGUGAGGGUGUCCAUGUUUCUUUGGGCUUUUUCGAUGACAUUUUAAUUCCUCCUCAUUGUUUACCUGAACCAUAUCGAUUUGAUGAGAAAGAGCAAGUUUGGGUUUGGGAAUAUGAUAAUGGUGAAGAAAAGAGCAAUUUAUUCAUGGAUAUCGGAGAAACCGUUAGAUUCAAGGUGAAGGAGGAAAUUUUCACUGAUACAUCACCUCCAGGACCGACAUCAACUAUUCAGGAUAUUUAUCAACCUUCGGGUUCAUCAGAUAAACCAGCGGUGGAGAGGCAAAGACGAGUACCUUAUCUAAUUAAAGUAAAUUGAUUUGAUCUUCAUUAGAUUUUACCUUUAAUCUUUCACCUUUUUCUUUUUCAUUUUCAGGGUUCUUUGGUGAUCCAGGUCU